GUCUCUUUGAUCCAUUCUCAAAUCCAGCAUGGGACCCACCGCUGUCCCUUACUUGUAGCAGUGUUUCGUCAUGCAAAUUCAGAGAAAAACCCGAAACAAACGACCACUCCGAACACAACAUAUUUCUAUCUUCAGCACAAUGUUCGUGUUUUUUCUUUUCUUCCUCUUCCUUCUCUCUCCUCCGCGAUUCUCUCUCUCUCUAACCCAAGACGGCCUUUUCCUCCUCCAGGCGCGCAGCCGCCUCUCCGACCCCCACAACUCACUCUCCUCCUGGAACCCCGCCACCUCCACCCCCUGCCAGUGGAGGGGCGUCACCUGCAACAAUCAUUCCUCCGCCGUCAUCGCCCUCGAUCUCUCUUACUCCUUCCUCGCCGGCCCCUUCCCCGCCGCCCUCUGCCGCCUCCCCUCCCUCUCUUCCCUUAACCUCUCUUACAACCUCAUCAACUCCACCCUCUCCGCCGUCUCCCUCUGCCGCUCCCUCCUCCAUCUCGACCUCUCCCAAAACGCCCUUGUGGGUCCCAUCGACUCCCUCGCCGCACUCACCUCCCUCCGCUACCUCGACCUCUCCGGCAACAACCUCACCGGAGAAAUUCCUGAGACCCUCACCGCCCUACCCCACCUCGAAACGCUAAACCUCGUUAGCAAUCUUCUCACAGGUACCAUCCCCGCUUCACUCGGUAACCUUACUUCGCUGAAACGCCUUCAACUUGCUUACAACUUGUUCAAGCCGGGUCCCAUGCCGAGUGAACUCGGGAAACUCGGAAACCUUGAAACGCUUUUUCUCGCUCUCUGCAACCUUCAAGGUCCCAUUCCAGACACCUUCAGCAAUCUCGUUAACUUGACAAACCUCGACUUGUCUCAGAACAGCAUCACCGGUAACAUCCCGCAAUGGUUCACGCGUUUCACGCGCGUGACCCAAAUUGAGCUUUUCGAAAACUCGCUCUCCGGGGAGCUACCCAGAGGAAUGUCGAAGAUGACGAGUUUGAAACUAUUCGACGCGUCGAGGAACGAGUUGACUGGGACGAUUCCGACCGAGUUGUGUGAGUUGCCACUCCAGUCACUGAAUUUAUUUGAGAACAAACUCGAAGGGUUUUUGCCGGGGGCCAUUGCGCGUUCCCCGAACCUCUCUGAACUCAAACUUUUCAGUAACAGACUCAUUGGAACGUUGCCGAGUGAUUUGGGAAGUAACUCACCGUUGAACCAUAUUGACGUUUCGUAUAACCGGUUUUACGGUGAAAUUCCGGCGAACAUUUGCCGGCGGGGGCAGCUUGAGCAACUACUCUUGAUAUACAAUUCUUUUUCGGGUGAAAUUCCCGAGAGUCUCGGAAAAUGCACCAGUUUAAUGAGGGUUCGGUUAAGAAACAAUAAUCUCUCGGGAAGUGUUCCUGAAGGGGUUUGGAGUUUGCCCCGUUUGCAUUUGCUUGAGCUUUUCGAAAAUCAUUUUUCUGGGCACAUUUCUAAGGCGAUUUCUGGCUCUUCCAGCUUGUCAAAUUUGUUGGUUUCAAAUAACCGGUUUUCUGGGUCGAUUCCUGAGGAAAUCGGGUUAUUGGACAAUCUUGUGGAGUUUGCUGGUAGUAAUAAUAAUCUCUCGGGUCAGAUUCCAGGUAGUUUGGUGAAGUUGAAGCAGUUGGUUAAUCUCGACCUUAGUUCUAAUAAUCUUUCUGGUGAUCUUAAUUUUGGUGGAAUUGGUCACUUGAGUAAGGUCACUGACCUUAAUCUGUCACAUAAUAGGUUGGAUGGAAAUGUUCCAAGUGAAUUAGGAAGCUUUCCUGUGCUUAAUUAUCUUGAUCUUUCUUGGAACAAUUUCUCGGGAGAGAUCCCAUUGCAGUUGCAAAAUUUGAGACUAUCUGAGCUGAACUUGUCUUACAACCAGCUUUCUGGGGAUAUUCCUCCUCUUUAUGCCAAUGCCAAGUACAAAACGAGUUUUAUAGGGAAUCCUGGUCUCUGUAGUAAUCUCCCUGGGCUUUAUAAUUGUUAUGGUAGGAAUAAGAACUGGAGGCACACGUGGAUUUUAUGGUUCAUUUUUGUGCUUGCUGGAGUUGUGUUCAUUAUUGGGGUGGCUUGGUUUUACUUCAGGUACAGGAAGUUGAAGAAAUUGAAGAAAGGGUUAUGCAGUUCGAGUUGGAAGUCGUUUCACAAGCUGCAGUUUAGUGGGUUAGAGGUUGCUAAGUUGCUGAAUGAGGCCAAUGUGAUAGGAAAGGGAGCAUCCGGGAAGGUGUACAAGGUGGUGCUCAGCAACGGUGAGGUGGUGGCAGUGAAAAAAAUGAGUGUAGGAGCCCCAAAGAAAGUGGAUGAAAAUGGUGGUUCAAGAAAAGAUGAAUUUGAAGCUGAAGUAGAAGCACUUGGGAGGAUCAGGCACAAGAAUAUUGUGAGGUUGUGGUGUUGCUGCAACAGUGGGAACGACAAGCUUUUGGUUUUUGAAUACAUGCCAAAUGGGAGCUUGGGUGAUUUGUUACAGGGUAGCAAGAAGAGCUUGUUGGAUUGGCCUACAAGGUGUAAAAUUGCUGUUGAUGCUGCUGAGGGGCUUUCUUAUUUGCAUCAUGAUUGUGUCCCACCCAUUGUCCACAGGGAUGUGAAAUCUAACAAUAUAUUGGUUGAUGAGGAUUUUGUUGCAAAAGUUGCAGAUUUUGGUGUUGCCAAAAUGGUGACAAAAGCCGGCCAAGGGACAGAAUCAAUGUCUGUUAUUGCAGGAUCAUACGGCUACAUUGCACCAGAAUACGCAUACACUCUGAGGGUGAGUGAGAAGAGUGACAUAUACAGUUUUGGAGUGGUGAUUUUGGAGUUGGUAACUGGGAGAGCCCCCAUUGAUCCAGAGUAUGGUGAAAAUGGUUUGGUGAAAUGGGUUUCCUCUGCAUUGGAACAUGAAGGAGUCGAUCAUGUAGUUGAUCCUACAUUGGACUACAAAUUCAGGGAAGAAAUAAGCAAGGUGUUGAAUGUGGGUCUGCAGUGCACCAGCUCCAACCCAAUAACUCGCCCCACAAUGAGAAAAGUGGUUAAAAUGCUUCGUGAAGUGUAAACGAUGGAAAUGAAUGACGCUUCUUACACUGUAGUUUGAACAAUGUAUUUUGAAAAAGGUGAAAUAUUGAUGACAUUAACGGCUCAGUUUCAUUUUUCUUAUGCUUGUGUUAGUUGUAUCAUACAGCCCAUUCUAACAAAUCCUUCAAGGGCAGAUGCUGCUGCAUAAUAGUUA